AUGACAGUUCCUGUCAAAUGUCAACAAUCCACAAAUCAUCACAACAAAAAAAAAAUUGGAAAUUUCUGAACACUUGUAUUUCCCUGGUUUUUCACGGCUGUUUCAUAUCUAGUGAAUUAAAACCUAACAACUAAAGAUGGUCCUUGAAAGUACUAUGAUAUGUGUCGACAAUAGCGACUUUAUGAGAAAUGGUGAUUUCCUACCAACUAGACUGCAAGCCCAGCAAGAUGCGGUGAAUUUAGUAUGCCACUCAAAAACCAGAUCUAAUCCAGAGAAUAAUGUCGGUCUACUUACUCUAGCCAAUGUUGAAGUGCUGGCCACUCUUACCAGCGAUGUGGGCAGAAUUCUAUCAAAACUCCAUCAAGUCCAACCAAACGGGGAGAUUAAUUUGCAAACAGGAAUAAAAAUUGCUCAUUUGGCCCUCAAGCAUCGCCAAGGCAAAAACCACAAGAUGAGAAUCGUGGCUUUUGUGGGCAGCCCUGUAGCAAAUGAAGAGAAAGAGCUUGUAAAAUUAGCCAAGAAGUUAAAAAAAGAAAAAGUCAAUGUGGAUAUUAUUAGUUUUGGGGAGGAUGCCGAUAAUUCUGAUGUUUUAACUACUUUCGUUAGCACUUUAAAUGGAAAGGAUGGUGCCAGUAGCCACUUAGUAACAGUACCCCCUGGUCCCCAUUUAUCCGAUGCACUAAUUUCCUCUCCAAUCAUUCAAGGGGAAGAUGGUACUGGAGGGGCCGGCCUGGGUGGUUCCGGAUUUGAGUUUGGUGUUGAUCCCAAUGAGGAUCCUGAGCUUGCUUUGGCUUUGAGGGUCUCUAUGGAGGAGCAGCGUCAACGGCAAGAAGCCGAUGCUAGGAAGGCUAGAGAGGCUUCUGGAACUGAGACAGCUCCAAAAACUGAGACUAUUAAAGAAGAGCCAAGCGAAGAAGCCCUUCUGGAAAGGGCCUUAGCAAUGUCCAUGGAAGAAGGUAGCACAAAACCACCAGCAACUACUACUACUACCACCACUACUGCCCCGGCACCCAAAAUGUCGGUAGAUUUCGCUAAUAUGACCGAAGACGAACAGAUCGCUUUCGCUAUGCAAAUGUCCAUGCAAGAUGCCCAAGAAGCUCCGACCAAAGAAGAACCGAUGGAAGUAGAACACGACGACGACGAGGAUUAUUCCGCGGUAAUGAACGAUCCGACAUUCUUGCAAAGCGUGCUGGAGAGUUUACCGGGGGUGGAUCCCCAAUCAGAAGCGGUACGUCAAGCCGUCGGCAGCUUGAAAGACAAGAAGAAGGACGAUAAGACAGAGGACAAGCAGAAGAAGUAGGCUUUCGUUAGUUUGAAUUAAUUUUAACAUUUGUAGCCGCCCUUCGGGAAUAUCUAAUUAUUAUGAUGCAUUUUCUUAAACUUCAUUAAAAAUAUAUAAAGAU